UUAAAAAAAAAACAAAUGGGUUUAUUGAGGUUAAAAUUGCAUCAUCAUCAUCGUCAGUAUUGUCACUACCCCAAACUUCUACCAAAAAAACCAUUUCUCUCUGGUCUUCUCUUGCGCAGUCACUCCCUUGUACACCUUCAAAUUACCCACAACCACACCACCUCCACUAAGAAGAACCAAAGCUUUCACUCCUUGUCCACACUCUCCACUACCAAAGCAACCAUGGUCAAAGCCAUUAGGGUUCAUGAACUUGGUGGUCCUGAGGUUCUGAAGUGGGAAGACGUGGAAAUAGGAGAGCCGAAGGAGGGUGAAAUCCGAGUGAAAAACAAGGCCAUUGGGCUCAACUUCAUUGAUGUUUACUUCCGGAAAGGAGUUUAUAAGGCCUCGACAAUACCCUUUACUCCAGGUAUGGAGGCAGCUGGUGUGGUGACAGCUGUGGGCCCUGGACUAACCGGUAGAAAAGUUGGAGAUGUCGUGGCUUAUGCUGGUAAUCCAAUGGGUUCAUAUACUGAGGAGCAGAUCCUUCCGGCGGAGAAAGUAGUAACUGUUCCUUCCUCCAUUGAUCCUACUAUAGCAGCAUCUGUCAUCCUCAAGGGAAUGACAGCUCAAUUCCUAGUUCGCCGUUGCUUUAAGGUUGAACCUGGACACACUGUCCUUGUUCAUGCAGCAGCUGGUGGAGUUGGGUCUCUCUUAUGCCAGUGGGCUAACGCACUUGGUGCCACUGUCAUUGGAACCGUCUCAACCAAAGAGAAGGCAGCACAAGCCAAAGAAGAUGGAUGUCACCAUGUGAUAAUGUACAAGGAAGAGGAUUUUGUCACCCGGGUCAAUGAAAUAACAUCAGGCAAAGGGGUAGAAGUUGUUUAUGAUUCUGUUGGAAAAGACACCUUGCAGGGAUCAUUAGCAUGCUUAAAACCGCGUGGAUACAUGGUGAAUUUUGGGCAGUCGUCUGGCACACCUGACCCCCUUCCUUUGUCAGCACUUGCAGCGAAAGCACUGUACUUGACAAGACCUAGCCUUAUGCAAUACACUGCAACACGGGAUGAGCUUCUAGAAGCUGCUGGAGAGGUCUUCGCUAAUGUUGCAUCUGGUGUACUGCGAGUCCGUGUAAAUCAUACAUACCCUUUAUCUCAGGCGGCACAGGCGCAUGCUGAUCUUGAGAGUCGUAAAACAUCUGGAUCUGUUUUGCUGAUACCGGAUGGCAAUUGAGCUGUAAGUUCUGAACAUCGAACUAUUUUAUUACCUCCUCAUAGGGAAUAUGUUUGUUGGACUUGUUGAAUCACGGUGUGGAUAUCUAUUUGAAGGCAUAUAUCUAUUUAAGACAGUAUGUUAAUCAACUAAAAACUACUGUAUGUAGAAUAAUAAAUUGUGGAAUAUUUCUCUA